GAAACGAAACAGUUACGCCCGGGCGCCCGGCGUCCGCCACUCCGCCUCCUCCGAGGUGGAAGUGGUCAAGUGGAAGUGGGAGUGGAAGUGGGAGUGGAAGUGGAACUGGAACUGGGGGACACCCCAACAACCCAAGCCGAUCCCACCCUGCUCUAGUCUCCUCGGCGAGCGACACGCUCGGAUCGGUCCCCGCUCCUCCUCCUUCAGUCCUCCGCCGCCUACCUCACCCUCUCCAAUCCAAUCCACGACCCGGCCCCGGCCCCGGCGGAUACCCAAUGGCGACGGAGCUGCUCCCCGUGGUGGACCUUCGGGCGCUCUCGCAGCCCGACCUGGACGCCCUCGCCGCCGCCUCCGCGCACGCCCUCGCGCCGCGGACCUGCCACGAGGCCGACCCGCUUCCGCCCCUCAAGAUCGAUCGCGCCGUCUUCAACGAGAGCGCCGGUUCCCGGAAGCAGACCUUCUCCCGCCGCCGCCUCGGCGCUGCCGCCUCCGCCUCCUCCUCCUCGCUCUCGUCCGCCCGUCACACAUCGUCCGCGCAGUCGUCCGCCGGGCGGAAGAUCGACCCCGAGAGCGACCUCGUCGCGUACCACCUCCGCCGCCUCUUCGUCCACGAUGACUCCUCGCUCCCGCCCCCUCCCGAGCCCCAAACCCUAGCCUUACUACAAGAACCCUCCUCCCCUCCGCCGCUGCCCCCCGACCCCGACCGGGAGACCACUAACGCCAAGGGGGUCUCCGUUGACCUACUCAAGCUUGCGGGAUUGGUGGACCCCUACGACGCCGAGCUGCACAGGCGGACAGCCGGGAUGGCUUCCGACACCGAGCUGCAGGGUUUUAUCGACAGCCUCGCAGGGAAGUGGGUCAGCCAGAGGCAGCGGAGGAAGUAUGUGGACGCCUCCUUCUUUGGAGAUCACCUCCCUCGCGGUUGGAAGCUGCAGCUCGGGCUCAAGCGGAAAGGGGGAUCCAUCUGGUUGCGUUGCUUCAGCUACGUGAGCCCCAAGGGAAGUCAUUUUUCUACUUGCAAGGAUGUUUCUGCAUACCUCAUGGCACUUCUUGGGUAUCCAGAGCUCAAACCAGCCACUAAUAAGUAUGAAAGCACAGGACAACCUUACUCGAGUGCUAACGAUGGUGAUGAUAGUGCUUUAUGUUUUCAAGAUCAAAUUGGUUCAAUUAUGGACAAGACGAAUGUGCAUUCAAUUUCUUCUCUUACCUUCUCCAGCUAUUCCAGUGAUCCAAAUGAUGUGAAUGAAAGGAACUUAAACAAAGCAAAUGUUUAUCAAUGCCAGAAAUGCAAUUUGACUUUCGGUGACCGGACUUCAUAUGCGCAACACCAUUUGGCGUAUCAUGAAAUGAGUGUUAAGAGGCGUAGGACUGGCAAGUUUGGUGAGCCAGUAGUAGGGAAAGAUGGAAAAUUUGAAUGCCCUAUUUGUCAUAAGACCUUUGAGGAGGAACCACAGUACUUUGGUCAUGUCGGAUCUCAUGCAAGAUAUGAAGGUUUAGCUCCUGAAGCAUUCUUGGAUAAGGCUACUUCCAGAAGGGCAGCUAAUGAUUCAUUGGCAGAAAUUCCAUUUAGCCUUCAGGAAUUGACUGAAUCACAUGGACAGAACAACAAGGUUUCUUAUGGUGAAAAGGGUUUUCAGCACCACAAUCAUUCAAAUAAACAUGGUGAUAAUAACCUUACAGCCAUUGAUCUUUUUGGUACAAAUUAUUCGGAUAAUUUCAUCAGGCCAAAUAAAACUUGGGGUAGUCCUGAAGAGGGACCUUCCUGUAAUGAUGCUCCAAGUGUAUCUAGAUAUACAAAUUUUACAGGCCAUGCUGAUGUGAUAGUUUCAGAAAGGGCAUCAAUCUCCAAUAAUCAAUCUGUUAGCAACAUUAAUGGCUUUAUAUUUAGUGAUCAGCCGGGAGGUAACCAUGUUGUCAGACCUACUGCCUCUGUAACAGCCAAUCAUUAUGAGGACCAGAUUAUUGAUCGUGGCAGGGCUGCUCCGAAUGCUGACAAUAAUACUGUGAAAGCAAGAGAUGUCAACCUUAAUUCAUGUGCAAGUGCAAGUACAAUAUCUUUCCCUAUUGCUUAUGCAAAUAAUGAAACAUCAGCUGCCCUUAAUGAAGCUAAUCGGUCAUCUUCUACUGCCAAAUGUUUUAGUGGCAGUUUUAAUAACAACGAUGGUGCAUGUAGUGCGUCUUCCUCUUGUGGACCAACCAAUAAAAUAUCUAGUUCAUUUGGCACAUCAAGCAAAACCCAAGCUGCUGGCUCCAGAAGCAUUGGUGCAAGCUAUGAACCUUAUGGUGAAGAUUGUAGUGCCCUUAAAGCUAACCCUUUUGCCAGCAAGAACAAUACCUCAGUGUAUCAGUACAAUUUGGCCACACAGCCUGUCUAUGCAGUGGCAGCUAGGGCAGAUUGUUUUGCUUCUGGUUCAGAGCAGACAAAAAACAGUGAUAAAGAACUUGCAUCCAGUGCCAAGCAACGGAUUGAUAACGUGGAGAACAGAACAAGUAAAGAAGCAGGAUUUGUCGCGGAAGCUUAUAAUAGUGGUGCUUUUAAUGGUGGUAUUACCGAAAAGGGUUUUGCACAGAUCAGUAACAGUUUUACUCACAUAAAGUCCAAUGCUUCUGGCUCUUGUUCACUACCUGAAUCAAAAACUCCAACAAAUGGAAGUGAUAGCAACUGCAUCAAGGGCUCUUUGGUUAAUAGAGGUGAUGAUAGCUUCACAAAGGUCUCAAUUGUCAAUAGACCCAUCAACAACAAUGAAUCAAAUGUAGCUAGACUUGAGGCGAUGGGAAAGUUGAAUGAUGAGAUGCAAAACCGCUAUAACUAUCAUGCUCCUGGUAUUGACCCUCAUGUUGCAGCUAGUGCUAGCCGGAAUGCCAAUGGUUUUAUGCCUAUGCAGGCCAAUUUUGGUUGCAUGUCCUCUACAGUUCAAUCUGUUGUUGAUGUUUCAGUAUCCAGCACAUCUCAAGAUCAGUGUGAUUUGCAACUUGGAUUUGGUGCACAGAAGCAGCAGAUAUUUUCUAACCAUGGAGAGCUUAGAACGGCUACACCUGGAUCCCCUCUGCCUGGGAGCAUUGCCAGAAAAGAUUCUGUACCCACUGAACCCUCACAUUUUGGGAGCAUGAAUGGACCUAAAUCUUUUCCCACUGGAACAUCUCAGUUUGGGGGCUUUGCAAAGCCUACUUUUGUGCCUGCUGCGCCUUCUCAGUUUGGGAGCAUGGCUCAAGCUAAUUAUGUACAUUCUGCUCAAUCCUCCCAAUUCACAAGCUGGGUUCAACCGAAUUCUAUUCCUCCCGCUGAAUCCUCUCAGUUUGGAAGCAAAGCCCAAUCUAGUUCUGUGCCCCCUGCUAAUACCUCUCAGUUCAGGGGCAUGGCUGGACAAAAUUCUGUACCUCCUGCUCAGUCUUUUGGGAGCACGGUUCGACCAAAUUAUGUAACUCCAGAAUCCUCACAGUUUGGGAGCAUGGCCAGACCAAAUUCUGUCCCUCCACAGUAUGUUAACAUGCCCAGCCAAAAUUUUGUGAGCUCAUCCGAGCCAACACUGGUUUUGGGGUAUGCACCACAGAUUGGAAGUGGCCCUCCACCUCAAGUACAGUUAGGAUGGGAUUUGUCCUUGCCAAGGAUGGUUACUGGCGGCAGCAUGGUCACUUGUUUAUGUAUAUGGUGCAACAGUCAGUUCCAUCAUUUUGGCCCUGUUGAUGGACAGCAGCCCAGUUCUUUUGGCUUCAUUUGCCCCACCUGUAAAGAUAGGAUGUCUGGUCAUCACAGUGUGCCCAACAAUGGUUCAUGGCAGCCUUGAGGUGCAGCGCUGUCUGGUUAAUCAUCUGUAUUGCUGCAUUCGAGGGAUCUUGUGGUUUUCUGUACACUACUCAUGCCUGUCGACUGUCAAGGUCUGAAAAUGGUCUUCUCAAGCAGCAGUUGUCCGUCCUCCAAGUUGAGUGGACUGCCAAGGAAUGAACGGCAUCUCUGUAUCAACAGUGUCAGCUGGGAGCUGGUGUAGUAGGGUAAUGAGAGAAGCUACUUUUCAAGAUAGCAAUGGGAGACCAUGAUGAAUCCAGGCCAUAUUUAUAUUUUUUCUUGAAUCCACCAGUUACGUUACGUGGGAAUGUCUUGAGUUCACUGGUUGCAUUACAUCUGGAAUUUUGCUGCCCUCGGAUGACCCAGCCACCUUUGCAUUGGGCUCCGAGGAUGUUGCCACUCAGCUUCCCCAUGUUUUGGUUUACUUUGAGUUCUAGCAGCGAUGGGAGUGGCCUUUGUUAUUGCAGUGUCUUGGUGGCUGUGUAAAGUAUGCGUUAGCUCUAGCUGUCUCAGGUUUAAUUUGUCCCCAUUGAAGUAGUUGUGCCUUUGUCGAUGAUUGCUCAUUUAAGUUGUGUAUACUCAAGCUGAAAAGGCUGAAGGUAAUUGUAAGUGUUAGCUCGACGAGCAUAGCCUAACGUCCGCUCUCCCUACUACACAGAUAGGAGCAAAAACGACGCCCCCAGCAAAUUCCAAACACGGAAACACCUGAGAAGGCUAAGGGGCCAUUCGUUUCUUCCAGAAUAGAGGAAUAAAAUAAUUUCUAGCU